GGCGAGCGAGACUGAGGCGAGCCGCUCACCACUACCACGCCUCACUAUAGCAACUUGCUCAGCCAUAUUGACAGUACGCGUGAGUGUGUGACGACGCUUACCCGUAUCACUGAGCUCCGUUUCCGAAGCAGCGGGCUAUUUUUACCCGCAGCGUGGAUAUAUAUAAAGCGGCAGCGCUCGGGUCAGGAGGAGGAGGUGCAGAGUUUGGACCGGUGGCGGCGGGGUGACAACACUCCAUCGCAGGCAUCCUUUACUUUGACGCAGCGCGGCCGUGCUGGUGAGUUGGAACCGGAGCAGGAAGACAGAGGACGACUUCUUUUUCUUUUCUCAUCAACAGAGGACGGGCAGAGAGAGGAUGAAGAUGCCCAAGCCGACAAACGUCCGUGUUACCACCAUGGAUGCUGAGCUGGAGUUUGCCAUCCAGCCCAACACCACCGGCAAGCAGCUCUUUGAUCAGGUGGUAAAGACGGUGGGCCUGAGGGAGGUGUGGUUCUUUGGCCUGCAGUACACCGACAGCAAAGGCUACGUCACGUGGCUGAAGCUCAACAAGAAGGUGACACAGCAGGAUGUGAAGAAGGAGAACCCUCUGCAGUUCAAGUUCAGGGCCAAGUUUUUUCCAGAGGACGUCUCUGAGGAGCUCAUCCAGGAGAUCACACAGAGGCUCUUCUUCCUUCAGGUAAAGGAAGCCAUCUUGAAUGACGAGAACUACUGCCCCCCCGAGACCGCUGUGCUCUUGGCCUCCUACGCCGUCCAGGCCAAGUUUGGCAACCACAACAAGGACAUGCACAAGUCCGGCUACCUGGCCGCAGAUCGCCUGCUGCCACAAAGAGUUCUGGAGCAACACAAGCUGACAAAGGAGCAGUGGGAGGAUAGGAUACAGACCUGGCACGAGGAACACACGAGCAUGCUCAGGGAGGACGCCAUGAUGGAGUACCUGAAGAUCGCUCAGGAUCUGGAGAUGUACGGCGUCAACUACUUUGAGAUCAAGAACAAGAAGGGCACCGAGCUGUGGCUUGGCGUCGACGCCCUCGGACUCAACAUCUAUGAGCACGAAGACAAGUUGUCGCCCAAGAUAGGCUUCCCAUGGAGCGAGAUCCGCAACAUCUCUUUCAACGACAAGAAGUUUGUCAUCAAGCCCAUCGACAAGAAAGCGCCGGACUUUGUCUUCUACGCGCCACGCCUGCGCAUCAACAAGCGCAUCCUGGCGCUGUGUAUGGGCAACCACGAGCUGUACAUGCGGCGCAGAAAGCCCGACACCAUCGAGGUGCAGCAGAUGAAAGCUCAGGCCCGGGAGGAAAAACAUCACAAGCAGAUGGAGAGAGCGCAGCUGGAGAACGAGAAGAAGAAGCGCGAGCACGCCGAGAAAGAGAAGCAGCGCAUGGAGCGCGAGAAAGACGAGCUGAUGGAGCGCCUGCGCAACAUCGAGGAGCAGACGCAGCGGGCGCAGAAAGAACUGGAGGAGCAGACGCGCAAGGCCCUGGAGCUGGAACAGGAGCGCAAGCGGGCCAAGGAGGAGGCCCAGCGUCUGGACAAGGAACGCAGAGCCGCCGAGGAGGCCAAAGCUGCGCUCGCGCAGCAGGCCGCCGACCAGAUGAAGACCCAGGAACAGCUGGCUGCUGAAUUAGCCGAGUUCACCGCCAAAAUCUCUCUGCUGGAAGAAGCCAAGAGGAAAAAAGAGGACGACGCCAACGAAUGGCAGCACAAAGCCAUGGCGGCACAGGAAGACCUGGAGCGGACGCGGGAGGAGCUGCGGGCGGCCGUGACCUCACCCAACACGGCGCCGCACGAGCACGACGAGCACGACGAGAGCGAUGGAGAGGCCAGCGCCGAGCUGUUCAGCGACGGCGUCAGCAGCCAGCGCAGCGAAGAGGACAGAGUCACUGAGGCGCACAAGAACCAGCGAGUCAAGAAGCAGCUGCAGGUUCUGAGCUCGGAGCUGGCGGAGGCUCGCGACGACAGCAAGACGACGGCCAACGACGUCCUUCAUGCCGAGAACGUGCGAGUGGGCCGCGACAAAUACAAGACGCUGCGGCAGAUCCGCCAGGGCAACACCAAGCAGCGCGUCGACGAGUUUGAGUCCAUGUGAGGGCCGCGAACAAGAAAAGUGGAAGCGGAGACUCUCGCCUGCACAUCGCCAAAGAUCCGCCAAGCUCCGAAAAAGCGUCUUUUUACCUGCCGACAAAAUGGCCAACUCUUAAGAAUGACUCUACAGCUUUAAUGUCGCUCACUUUUAUUUCCAACAUUUUGUUUUGACUAAAAUUAUAUUGAGCAUUUUUUUGUUUCCUGCGUAGGAUUCUCUUUUUAUUUUCCUGCUCAUGUGGUUCAUCAGCUGACCAGUAAACAAAUGCAAACAAAAUUCA